GUGCAGUAUGAUGUUGAUUCGGCAGAUCAAGGGGCUGUUGUGCAGAGUGCGUUGAGGAGAGUGGAUAGAGCGGAUGGGGGCAUGGCGAGGAAGAGGUGGGAGAGGAAAGAUGGGAAGUUUAGCGUAAAGGCUGUGGGUGGUAUCAAAAGGGUGUCGACUGCGAAGCCAAGAGCUAUUCAAAGCAAAUCACCACCCCCGAACCAUGCUCAACAUUUCACUCAGGGUCAGAUACGCACUUCGAAUACCUCUCGUCUCCCAUACGAUGGCGCUCUAAGCGGUUCAGGCGAAUCGACUAAAGAUGAUAUGGGCUGCAUUGUUCCCCUAGACUCUACCAUAUACGUGUCAAUAUUUGAUCCUCUCGGCGAAGCAGCUUUCAAGCCAAGCCCUACGAAACCAAUUCCUACAUGGAUGCAAUGGCUUCCAAACCAGCGAGGACGUAGCCAAAAUGGGCCUCAACCUCACUCCGUUCUUGACGAAUACUUCCCUCCUGGUUCUAUGUCUAGAUCUCAAACCGUCUGCCCGACAGACUCCACGCCAGUUCCACCCUUCAUACGUCAUCCUACGCCUCCAGGGGGAGAACUCGGUAGCUUUGCCGAUACCACCAUCAAUCCCCUAAAGGGGCCUUCUUUUAUCGUCGACGAACCCCUUAUGCGGCCCUCCUCGCGAAUCGCACAGUCGUUGGCAACUAGCCCUAAAACCGCAAUACAAGAGCCAUCUAUCUCACCCAUCCCAGGAGAAUCACUACCCCCUCGUAUUCGUUCGCCAUAUUCACCCCGUCGCCCCUCUCCUCUUACCAUACAUGAAGAGAAACCCGACGAUAACAACAAUAGCAACAGGAAGGAAAUAUCAUGGAAAGCGCGUCUACACCGACGUCCUUCGUCGCCGCUUGCCGAGCAGGUUACAGCUCAUCUCCAUCGAUACGUGAAUCGGACACGAACACCACCAGCCCAGUCCAAGGAAUUCCUCAACAUAUACGGUUCCAAGCAGAUAUUGAAUCCAGGCCCAAGCACCGCGGUACCUGGUCGAAAGUUGGGCAGAGUGGUAGGAGACGGGAGGCCAGUCCGAGACGCACUGAGUCGGGAUCGUACGCCGUCGCCUCUGGGCGGAGCAAUUGUUGCGAGUACUCCAGGUAUGGAAGGCACGGGACAGACUGUUGUCGGGACUGGAGAGGUGGUGGAUCUAAGGACCGUGAGGAAGAGGUCGAGCUUGCAGAGUGAGAUCAAGAAGCUCUUGAGUGGAAGGGCACGGGAGUGAUAGCAUGAUUAUUAUGAAGAGAGUUAGCAGUAUUUGAAAGUGUAUAGGUAGAAGGCAAGGUUUAGAAUGGGUAUUGUUAGAUUGUAAUGAAUUAUGAGUUGAACAAACAGGUGAGUUAUUCUUAGGCGAUUGGAUGUCUUUAGUUGGUUGGCGAUGUUUGAUUUUCUCCUUAUUCGUACGACAUCCAGUACUCCGGUGCCUCCUAUACUGAACAAACCCAGCCAAAAACACGGAAUAGACACCCACUUGGUAUAGCAUAAACCCCAAUUCAACAACUACCUAUGAUGAAGCAG